AUGAAUAGAUUUACUAGGAUAGUAGUACCUAGAAGUCUGAGAAUAGUACUAGGGAGAAUACCGAGAUAUGAUUUCCGCCUUUUGAGUACGAAAGCCCAAGAAUCCACUUUCACAGAUCAGUCUGCAUCUGCACUUGCAACUCAAUAUAAAUCUAUAGUGACAAAUCCGUACCAAGAUGAAGCUGAGAUAUUCAUAUAUAACCUCCUCCAGUCAAACAAUAUGCCUGCUGUGACAACAUUGCUUCAUACAAUCUUGAAUAAAUCCAAUGUAAAUACGCCGCACUAUCGAGGACGUUUCAGGUUAUCGAAUCAAUUGUGGUCGCUCUACUCUACCAAGGUGUGUGAGAAUGCAAACUACGGAGGUGCAUGCCUAGUUUACCAUGAGUUAAUUGACCCAGCUGAACCGGUAUCAAACAAUGUUCCACCUAACGAAUUGCCUUUCCUCUUGUCUACUGAAUUGCUUCAAUACCUUUCAUUGAUAUUCGUUUCCAAUGCAGACCUGAUUAAGGUGCAGGGUGUAUUGAAGUAUUUCAAGAGGUUCUACUCUUCGAUUGGCCAUAGAGAAUUGUAUAAAAGUCUCAGAAUCUCUCUAGUAGAGGUUUACAGUCUUGAGGGAAAUCUCGAGAGAGCACUUCAAGAAUUUGAGAAGUUGUACUACAUAUUUUCUCAACACACAGGUUCAUUCCAACCACGGCAAUCCAUGGAAGCUGUCUUCCAAAAUUAUAGACUUCGAAGGUUAACUGUUAGGAAAAACUUAUACGAAGUAGGUGAACCUUCAGAAACUGCAUUUGACUUAAAAGAAGAAGAAAUUGCCAAGCACUCAAUGAAGAAUGCUAAGCUUUUCAAACCCAACCAAGAACGCAAUAUAUAUACCCUUCCUUCCAAAAGAUAUUACUCUUUUAUUCAAGGGGGAUUAUCCAGAAGUGAUCUCCCUAAUUUCCAUAAUCUCAUCAAUGCAAACGUUACUAGUCUAUUGAAGGGUGAAGAUGCAGAAACUUCUUUGACACCUGAAAAGUUCGAUACUUUACUCAGCUUCAUAAAUUCAUCACAGCCGCUGCUUCAGAUAUUCGUGUUUAAAAGUCUAUGUGAUAUGGGUUACAUUAAACAAGCUUGGUACAUGUUGUUCAAGUUGAAUGAUGGUAAUGGGAAUGUUGAAGCUGACGAUUAUUUAACAUUUUUCGGUGCUCUUGAUGAUAACACACAUAAUUUAUCUUCAGACCAAAUCUAUAAGAUGUGCUUCGACCUUAUGAACCUUCAAAAAAUUUCCAUAAUCCAAAAGAAAUCAGGAAAUCGAUAUUUGGAUAUCAUUGGAAAGUAUAUUAACGUGUUGCUUACAAGGUGUCAGAAUAAUCCAAAUCUUGAGCUGGCAAUAGGGCCAUACCUUGAUUCCUGUAAUAGAAACGAGAAAGGGAUCAUAAUUCUAGAUAAAAUUGCAUAUGGGGUUUUUCGGGCCCUUUUCAGAGAGAAGUAUCCCUUUGUGAGAGUAUCAUCUUCUAAUUCUUUAUAA